AUGCAUUUGAAUAACGUUACUCGACUUCCUAAAAUACAAUACAAUUUUUUAAAAAAUGAACCUCCCAAUGAAAAACAAUUAAGAGAAUUCCGUCGUGACUCCAUAAAAAAUGGAUUUCUUCACGCCUGGAAAGGAUAUACUAAAUAUGCGUGGGGUUAUGAUGAAUUGUUUCCGUCAACAAAUAAUGGCAGGAAUAAUUUUAACGGUUGGGGAGCGACGAUUAUUGACGCAUUGGACACAAUGUGGAUCAUGGGUUUAAAAGAAGAGUUUAGUCGAUCCAGGGAUUUUGUUCAGUUGGUGAAUUUUACACAAACUGAUGAUACCAUAAGUGUGUUUGAGACUACAAUCCGUUAUCUGGGUGGAUUAUUGAGUGCAUAUGAAUUAUCAAAGGAUAAUAUAUUUUUAGAGAAAGCACUGGAAUUAGGCAAUGCACUUUUACCUUCUUUUGAUAGUCCUAGUGGAUUACCAUAUAACUAUUGGAGUCUUACAAGGGGCGAAGCUGAUGGUUAUUAUAGUGCAUUACUGGCUCAAGUCGGAACCUUACAAUUGGAAUUUAUGAAAUUGUCACAAUUAACGGAUGAUAAUCGACCUAAUGACCUUGAAACAGCCAUAAGAUUAGCGGAAACAUGUUACUGGACUUAUAAUAUGACAUAUACAGGAAUUGGUCCAGAAAAGAUCUGGUAUACUACUUCAUCUGGUGAUGCAG